GGAGGAAGUCCGCGGAAUCAAGGAUGAAAAAAUGGGCCGUGGGCGAGAUAUAAGAACAGAGCCGUUGUCCGAUAACCUUGCAGGGUAGGCUCGGCUCAUCCCCUGCGCCCCCAUGACGGGGGUCACGUGAUUGCCGCCGGCAAGCCCGAGAUCGCGCGCGCUUUCCUGGCGGUCUUCUAGUGCGCAUGCGCGAAGAACUCCCGUUGUCGGGCGAUUCCGGCGGAGCGUCCCCGUCGCCAUGGCAGCGGCAGGACAACAGGCCCCGCGGCGAGGACCGGGCCCUGCAGGAGCGACGCCGGAGCCGCCGUGAUGAUCCCGCCCGCGGACUCGCUGCUCCGCUACGAGACGCCGGUGCUGGUGAGCCGCAACACCGAGAAGCGGUCUCCGAAGGCCCGGCCGCUGAAGGCCAGCCCGCAGCUGUCGGUGCCCACCGGGCCCGUCCCGCCCGCCAAGCCCAAGGUGCCGUCACCCACCGUCGAUCCUGGCAAGCAAGCGGAGGAAAUCCUCAAUGCCAUCCUGCCGCCUAGAGAAUGGGUAGAGGAGAACCAGCUGUGGAUCCAGCAGGUGUCGAGCACCCCCAGCACACGCAUGGAUGUGGUGCAUCUGCAGGAGCAGUUGGACCUCAAGCUCCAGCAACGCCAGGCACGAGAGACAGGCAUCUGCCCUGUGCGGCGAGAGCUCUACUCGCAGUGUUUCGAUGAGCUGAUACGGGAGGUGACUAUCAACUGUGCCGAGCGCGGGCUGCUGCUGCUGCGUGUGCGGGAUGAGAUCCGGAUGACUAUUGCUGCCUACCAGACCCUGUAUGAGAGCAGCGUUGCCUUUGGCAUGAGGAAGGCACUGCAGGCUGAGCAGGGCAAGUCGGAUAUGGAAAGAAGAAUUCUAGAGUUAGAGGAUGAGAAGAAAGAUCUGGAGAGGCAAGUAAAUGAGCAGAAAGCCAAAUGUGAAGCCAUUGAAAAACGGGAGCUUGAAAGGCGGCAAGUGGAGGAGAAGAAACACACUGAGGAAGUCCAAUUCCUUAAGCGGACCAAUCAGCAGUUGAAGGCCCAGCUCGAAGGCAUCAUUGCUCCAAAGAAGUAAACCUUUCCACCAUCUCUCAAGCAAAAAGCAAGGCUUCUUAUGGUUCUGGUGUGUUCCAGAACACAACAACUGGAGAUGUUUCAUAUACUAUUUUUUUGGCAAAGUGCUGGGCAGGUCUCAGCCCCAACACCUAGGCAAAGGGCCUGUCUAG